GGUUUUUUUUAUCCAGGCGAUGGCGACAAACAGAAGCGGUGCCGCGCGGCCGAACGGCGCGCCGCAGACCAAAGUGUGCAAGCUGGUGCUGCUCGGCGAGAGUGAAAGAGGCGUGGGCAAGUCCUCGCUGGUGCUGCGCUUCGUCAAGGGCCAGUUCAAAGAGUACCAGGAGUGCACGAUCGGCGCCGCCUUCCUCACGCAGACCGUGUGCCUCGAUGACACCACCGUCAAAUAUGAGAUUUCGGACACUCCGGGAAAGGAGAGGUACCACAGCAUAGCAUCCAUGUACUACCGAGGGGCACACGCCGCCAUCGUCGUGUACGACAUCACCGACGAGGACACAUUCGAGCGCGCGCGCAACUGGGUGAGAGAGCUUCAGCGUCAGGCAUCGCCAUCAAUAGUGAUCGCGCUCGCCGGCAACAAGAGCGACCUCGCCGCCAGGCGCAUGGUCGAGUUCGAGGAGGCGCAGGCGUACGCUGACGAGAACGGCUUGUUGUUUAUGGAGACCAGCGCCAAGACCGCCAUGAACGUCAACGACAUAUUCCUAGCGAUCGCGAGGCGUCCAAAGAAUGAAGGCGCCGCGGCGAAGUCUUCCUGCUGCAAAGUGAUAUGA